GAAAGCAAAGAAACGAGAGGCCUCAAAUCGCUGAGCGUCUUCUCUCUCGUUCCGUGCGCGCGCGUUGCUCAUGCGAGCUCUCCUUGGCCUUUGGCUCACCUUAUCCUAUCCCCCAUCUCUCUCUCUCUCUCUCUCUCUCUCUAUAAUCCUCCUGCGAGACAACAUCUUCGCUCCCUCUCGUAACUCUCUCUCUCUCUAUAUCUCGUACCCUGUCCCCAGCUUUUCUCUUUCGCGGUCUUUAAAACACACACACACACCCUUCGAAGGACAUCGUCGCCCACCUCCCGCACUUCAUUCAAUUCAUUCCAAUUCUACUCAAUGCGGCGUCACUUUCUCUAGCCAUCCAUGUCUUCUUUCACAUGUAAAGGCGCUUGCUGCACCGAGGCAAAUACAAGAAAUAUGGCUACUUGACUGGGUUCUUUCUUCUGUAUCCGUUCCUCCUGCUUCCUUCGAGCUGCUGAGAUAAAAAAAAAAGUUCUGUUUUGUCCCUCUCUUUUGUUAUUUGCAUUGGAAUCGGUACCUGGGUUCGAGCUGUAUUCCCCAGAAAACAGAGUUCUUGAAUUGGGACUUUGGAGCGCAAAGAGAGAGCGGAUUCCCGUUCCUCUUUCUUUAGCAGAAGCGAAUAGCGUCCGAGAUUUUCGGGCAGAGAUUCUUUUCUUUUCUCUUCUCUUCCUUCGAGCUCCUUUCGCAUGCAGCUUGGAGCUGUGGAUACGAUAAGUUCAAUCUGAAUUCCAUAGUUAUCACCGUCGCUCGGGAGGACCGAUUGGAGGAAAGUCCUAGAACCAGUCCAGCAGUGAAUUCAAUCUCCCCCCGGAUGCGAAAUGGCUCCCAAAGCAGGCAGAGCAAGACCACACAAAGCCAAAGGAGAGAAGAAGAAGAAGGAAGAGAAAGUUUUGCCCACUGUGGUGGAGAUUACUGUGGAGACACCAGAUGACUCGCAAGUGACGCUCAAGGGCAUAUCUACGGACAGGAUCCUGGACGUGCGCAAGCUUUUAGCGGUUCACGUCGAGACGUGUCAUCUGACCAAUUUCUCCCUAUCUCACGAGGUUCGAGGGCCCAGGCUCAAGGACUCGGCCGACAUUCUUCCCCUCAAGCCUUGUCAUCUUACCAUUGUUGAAGAGGACUACACCGAAGAGCUCGCGAUCUCCCACAUCCGCAGGCUCCUCGACAUCGUCGCCUGCACCACCUUCUUCGGCUCCUCCUCCUCCUCCUCUUCAUCAUCGUCCCCGAAAGCCCAAGCUCGACCCGCCGCCAAAGACCCCGCCUCCAAGCCGAACAACCCGGGCGAUGGCGCGGCGUCUCAGGGUCCUGGGCCCGACGUCGGUGAGAGAGAAGCGGCCGGCUGCGACCCGAGCCUCAAACUGGGAGGCGAGAAGAAGACCGACCCAACUGGUGCAGUGGCAGCGGUGGCUGACAAGGGGGAUACGGCGGUCUCACUCUGCCCGCCGCCCCGGCUUGGGCAGUUCUAUGAUUUCUUCUCAGUCUCACAUCUCACGCCUCCGGUUCAAUACAUCCGGAGAUCAACGCGUCCAUUCCUUGAUGAUAAGACAGAAGAUGAUUUCUUCCAGAUAGAUGUGCGGAUUUGCAGCGGGAAGCCAAUGACUGUUGUAGCUUCAAAGAAAGGGUUUUAUCCUGCCGGAAAACGCAUUCUUAUAAGUCAUACUUUGGUUGGUCUGCUUCAACAGAAUAGCAGGAUUUUUGAUGCGGCAUACAAAGCUCUCAUGAAGGCUUUCACAGAGCACAAUAAGUUUGGAAAUCUUCCAUAUGGAUUCCGAGCAAACACGUGGGUCGUUCCUCCAGUUGUUGCUGAUAAUCCUUCAGUCUUCCCAGCGCUUCCCGUGGAAGAUGAAAAUUGGGGAGGAAAUGGUGGUGGUCAUGGACGAGAUGGCAGACAUGAUUACAGACCCUGGGGAAAAGAGUUUGCCAUUUUGGCGGCAAUGCCCUGUAAAACAUCAGAGGAGAGGCAAAUCCGUGAUCGCAAAGCAUUUUUGCUUCAUAGUCUCUUUGUCGACAUUUCUGUUUUUAAAGCCGUCACGGCAAUCAAGCACCUCAUUGAUGCAAAUAAUUGCUUCACAUCUGAUCCGAUUGUUUCAAUGUCGCAUGAAGAAAAAGUUGGGGAUUUAGUUAUUAAGGUGACUAAGGACAUCCCUGAUGCAAGUUUGAAGCUGGACUGUAAAAAUGAUGGGAGUCAGGUCCUUGGCAUAUCUCAAGACGACCUUGCUCAGAGAAACUUACUUAAGGGCAUAACUGCUGAUGAGAGUGCUACAGUACAUGACACUUCUACUUUAGGUGUUGUGGUGGUUAGGCAUUGUGGCUAUACAGCAAUUGUUAAAGUCUCAGCUGAGGUAGAUUGGGAGGGAAACGCAAUUCCUCAGGACAUUGACAUUGAAGACCAUCCUGAAGGAGGGGCAAAUGCCUUAAAUGUCAAUAGCCUGCGGAUGCUUCUGCACAAGUCAUCCUCACCUCAGUCAUCCAGCACUGUUCUACGGACACAAAGUUCAGAUUCUGAAAAUUUACGCUCUGCAAGGUCUCUGGUAAGGAAGGUCUUAAGGGAAAGUUUGUUGAAGUUGCAGGAAGAGCCCACUAAAUGCACCAGAUCUAUCAGAUGGGAAUUAGGGGCAUGUUGGGUUCAACAUUUGCAAAAUCAGGCUUCUGGAAAAAAUGAUGCUAAAAGCACCGAAGAAGCUAAGCUUGAGCCAGCAGUUAAAGGUCUAGGUAAGCAGGGUGGCCUGCUUAAGGAAAUAAAGAAAAAGACUGAUGUCAGGACCAGCAACUCUGAACUUGGAAAGGAAGCUCCUAUUAGCAGCAACAAUGACACCGACAACAAAUCAAACAGCAUCAAUCCGAAGGAACUAGAGAAACAAGAGGAAGAAAAAGAAAUUAUGUGGAAAAGGCUGCUUCCUGAGGCAGCAUAUUUGCGUCUUAAAGAAUCAGAAACUGGUCUGCACCUUAAGUCGCCAGAUGAGUUGAUUGAAAUGGCACACAAAUAUUAUGCUGAUACUGCCCUUCCAAAGCUGGUGGCAGAUUUUGGUUCCCUUGAGCUUUCACCAGUCGAUGGGAGGACAUUGACUGAUUUUAUGCACACCAGAGGAUUGCAAAUGUGCUCCUUGGGCCGUGUGGUUGAACUUGCCGAUAAGCUUCCUCAUGUGCAGUCACUCUGUAUACAUGAGAUGGUUGUUCGAGCAUACAAGCAUAUCCUACAAGCCGUUGUGGCCGCCGUUGAAAAUGUUGCUGAUGUGGCUACUUCAGUUGCUUCAUGUCUAAAUAUACUGCUAGGCUCACCAUCAAGUGAAAAUGCUGACACAGACACUCUCAGUGAUGAUGAGCUAAAAUGGAAAUGGGUGGAAGGCUUCCUUUUUAAAAGGUUUAACUGGCGAUGGAAACAAGAGAGCUGCCAGGAUCUCAGGAAGUUUGCUAUUCUUCGUGGAUUGUGCCACAAAGUUGGACUAGAGCUUGUUCCAAGGGACUAUGAUGUGGAGUCACCUUUGCCAUUUAGGAUAUCGGAUAUCAUAAGCAUGGUUCCUGUUUAUAAGCAUGUUGCUUGUUCAUCUGCGGAUGGACGGACUCUGCUAGAAUCAUCCAAGACUUCCUUGGACAAAGGAAAACUGGAGGAUGCUGUCAAUUAUGGUACUAAGGCACUGUCGAAGCUGGUGUCUGUAUGUGGUCCUUAUCAUCGAAUGACAGCAGGAGCGUAUAGUCUUCUGGCUGUGGUGCUCUACCAUACUGGUGAUUUUAAUCAGGCAACCAUCUAUCAACAGAAAGCAUUGGAUAUUAAUGAGAGGGAGCUCGGUCUUGAUCAUCCUGAUACCAUGAAGAGUUAUGGGGACCUCGCUGUGUUCUACUAUCGGCUUCAACACACAGAGUUGGCUUUGAAGUACGUGAAUCGUGCUUUGUAUCUGUUGCACUUAACCUGCGGUCCAUCUCAUCCAAAUACUGCCGCCACCUACAUCAACGUAGCAAUGAUGGAAGAAGGUCUGGGAAAUGUUCACGUUGCCCUUAGGUACCUCCAUGAGGCUCUAAAGUGCAACCAAAGACUUCUUGGAGCUGAUCAUAUACAGACUGCUGCUAGCUAUCACGCCAUUGCAAUUGCUCUCUCUCUGAUGGAGGCCUACUCCUUGAGUGUUCAGCAUGAACAAACUACCUUACAGAUACUGCAGGCCAAACUUGGAUCAGAGGAUCUACGUACACAGGAUGCGGCUGCAUGGCUUGAGUAUUUUGAAUCGAAGGCUCUAGAGCAGCAAGAAGCUGCUCGCAAUGGUACACCAAAGCCGGAUGCCUCAAUCUCCAGUAAAGGUCAUUUGAGUGUGUCAGACCUCCUUGAUUUCAUAGCUCCAGAUGCAGACAUGAAAGCGAGGGAUGCCCAGAAAAAGGCUCGUGCUAAGGUGAAAAAAGUUGACCAGAACUGGGAUGCAUCAGAGGAUUAUCAGACAGAUGAAACCUUAUCGCCGAAUGAUCCUCAUGUAGAGAACUCAAGUGAUAAGGAAAACAAAGCUGAACAUCCCAAGGCUACAAAUGAGAAGGAAGAUCCUUCUUUACCAGGUCAAUUGAUAAUGGGCAUCAGUAAUGAACCAGUACACGACGACACUUCAGAUGAAGGGUGGCAGGAGGCCAUCCCUAAAGGCCGCUCACCCGGCGCUCGUAGGUCUUCUAGUUCGAGAAGGCCAAGCCUGGCAAAACUGAACACUAACUUCACAAAUGUAUCACAGUCUUCAAAAUACCGUGUGAAAUCCAAUAAUACUGCACCAUCAAAAAUCAGCACUAAUGAAUCGGCCACCUCAAUUGUGCCAUCCAUGCCUGCUACAAAGAAGUUUGCGAAAAGUGCAAGCUUCAGUCCGAAGGUCAAUAGUUCUACCGCCUCAUCCAGUUGGACUCCCAACCCCAAGUCUGCACCUGCUAGCCCAGCCCCAGGUGAACAAGCUACUAAGACGUCUUCCUUAUCUUGUCCAAUCAGUGUUCAGGCUACUGGGAAGCUUUUCUCCUAUAAGGAAGUUGCUCUGGCUCCACCUGGAUCUAUAGUGAAGGCAGUUGCAGAACAGUUGCCCAAAGAAAAGAAUUCCGAAGACACAGCUGCAGCAGAGUUGGCUCUAAAUGAGGCACCUGUAUCUCAAGAUGUAGAUGAUCAGGAACUUAAAAAAGAAGCUGCAGAGAAUAAGUGUCUAGAUGCUGAGAUAACAAAAAAUGCUUCAAAUGAAGAGAAAGAAAAAUUAGAGGAAGGAGCCACAGAGGAAGCCAUGGAUACCACCAUUCCACAAACAGUUGAAAAGGCUGUGGCAGUGGAGGUUGAAGGUGCCGCUUAUCUAGAACAUCAACAAGGUAGCAGUGUUCUGGCUUCAGAAACUGAUGCAGCUGAUAGCUCAACAGAUUCAGAUGCGAUUGGUUUAAAAAAUGAUGCAUCACGAAUAGUACCUGAUGGCCCAACUACUUCCUCUGAUGUAGAUCUUUCACAAGUUCCUGUUGAAAAUGCAUGCUCAUCGCAAGAGAAAAGUGCAUCCACUACCAAAGAAGUGGUGGUUGAGGAAAACAAAAACCCGCAUGAUUGUCCGAAUGGUGAUAUAAGUGGUAAGCCCUCAGCAGCUGAAGCAGGAAAGCAAGAUGAAACUGAUACUGGAAAGGAGAUGACCAAGAAACUCUCUGCAUCUGCACCACCCUUUAAUCCUUCUACUGCUCCACUUUUUGGCUCUGUUUCGGUUCAGGGGCUCAAAGAUCAUGGAGGAAUCUUGCCUCCACCAUUGAAUGUUCCUCCGAUACUCACUCCUGUCCGUAGGUCACCUCAUCACUCCGCAACAGCAAGGGUCCCAUAUGGUCCUAGGCUAUCUGGUGGCUAUAAUAGGUCUGGAAAUCGGGUCUCCCGUAACAAACCUGGCUUCCAUAAUGGCGAACAUGCUGGAGAUGGGAACCACUUUAGUCCUCCAAGAAUAAUGAACCCACAUGCAGCUGAGUUUGUGCCUGGCCAACCCUGGGUUCCCAAUGGCUAUCCAGUAUCCCCUAAUGGGUAUAUGGUUUCUUCAACAAAUGGUAUCCCACUGUCUCCUAACGGUUUUCCUCUGUCACCAAAUGGUAUUCCCUCGCCUCCAAAUGGAUAUCCAGCAUCAGCCACUGGUCUUCCAGUCACUGCUCAAAAUGACUCCAUUGCAUCUGCAGUUAGUCCGGUGGAAUCACCAAUAGAUAUGGCUGCUGAGGCGGUUGGUGAAAAUAAAGUUGAAGUUGUUACGGUGGAACAGUCAUCUGCAGAAGUAGUAGUUGAGAAGCACUCCACUGAAGAAACAGCGCCAGAAAAUCACUUGCCAUGCCAUGAGGACACUCCUCAUGAGACUGAGGGAAAGACUAAAGAUGAUAUCUCAGAUACUCAAGAUUCUGUGAAGACCAAAGAGAUGGGCAACGACAUAGCAAUCGAUCAUGAGAAACCCAUCAAAUGUUGGGGGGAUUACAGUGACGGUGAAGUGGAGAUGAUUAAGGUUUCGAGUUAAAUGCUACUAAUAACCUUUUUCCUACACAUUCACCCAUUCGAGGCUCUGCUCUGUGAUGUCUUGAGCUGAGUCAGUAGAAGCAAUCCAGCAAUGCCGCUGUGCAGGGUGAACCGGAGAUGUUGCUUCUUCUACUGAAUGUGUUGUAAAUGACAGUGAACGCUGGCAAUUCCUGAAGCUUUUUGACGUUGGGUUAUCACAGCAUCAGAGAAGAAUCUGAUGACAAAAUACUGUGCAUAGGCUGAUGAAAUGAGGAUAUGAGACAUUACGAGAAGGAUGUAUCAAGUGGCUCAUUGGUAACUAAUUCCUAUCAACUUUAUUGUUUUUCAAUCUGUCUUUGGUCCUUGUAAUUUUUGUUGUAGUUGAGAACGGGAAGAACCUUGGAAAUUUGUACUCUACAGGAGCUCUGCCAGUAAUGGUUUGAGCAAUGAAGACUGCGAUGGUCUGCACUAAUAAUAUCUAGUUCAUCCUGUUUGUAAGAAAAGUUCACUGCACAACAUAAAUUUUAAUGCAUCUACAACUGCUUCUCUUUUG